UGUAGAGUUUAUAUCCUACUGGUCAUGGUAAUGUGUUCAUCCUUGUUGUGUUGUGUGCUGCAGGGUAAGGACUGCCAGGAGAGGUGUGCCACCGGCCGCUGGGGGGUGGACUGCCGGUACUCCUGCAGGUGUCUCAACAGUGCCUCCUGUGACUCAGUUACUGGCAGGUGUCAGUGCGGAGCUGGUUUCACAGGGCGCUAUUGCGAGCAGCCGUGCCCCCCAGGGAGUUACGGCGCCAACUGUGCCAACCUGUGCCAGUGCACCAAUGGUGGCCUAUGUGACCAAGUAACUGGGCAGUGCCAGUGUGGCCCUGGGUGGACUGGACCUGACUGUUCCUCUCGGUGUCCUGAGGGCCAAUACGGUGCCGGCUGUGCCCUCACCUGUACCUGUGCCAACGAUGCCAAGUGUGAUCCCGUCAGUGGCAUCUGUAUCUGCCUCUCAGGUUGGCGAGGUGCAGACUGCUCGCUGCCGUGUCCUGAGGGGUACUGGGGAGUGGGGUGCCAUCAACAGUGUAGCUGUGGUAGUGGCUUCACCUGCAACCCUGUCACAGGCACCUGUGAGUGUCCCCCCGGUAGACAUGGCCAUCACUGCCUCAAGACGUGCCCACCAGACCGCUGGGGAGACAAAUGUCAACACAAGUGCCUUUGCUACAAUGGAGGAAAGUGUGAACGCGAGACUGGAUUGUGCAUGUGUCCUCCGGGGUAUACGGGUGCCACCUGCCAGGACAGAUGCCCAGAGGGGAGCUAUGGGGACACAUGUCGUCACACCUGCACCUGUCUACACAAUGCAACCUGUCAGCACGACACCGGCGCCUGUAUUUGUCCACCAGGCUACGAGGGAAACACCUGCCAGAUGGAGUGUGGUCCCGGUAAGCACGGCCCUGGGUGCCUCCUGGAGUGUCAAUGCCAGAAUGGUGCCACCUGUGACCCCAUGACCGGUACCUGCACCUGCACUCCGGGCUGGCGAGGCCAACACUGCCAUAAACCCUGUCACCAAGGGUCGUGGGGUGAGGACUGUGGAGGUAUAUGUGACUGUGACCAUGGUGCCACUUGUGACCAUGUGACCGGACAGUGCCAAUGCCCCCACGGCUACACGGGGGAGAGGUGCCAGUCAGUGUGUCCCCAAGGGUUCUACGGAGAGGAGUGUAACGAGAGGUGCACUUGUGGUCCAGACGAACCUUGUGACCACGUGACGGGCGCCUGUACCUGUCCCCCUGGCCGCCGUGGUGACCAGUGUGAGCUGUACUGUGAAGAGGGGUGGUGGGGAGAGGGGUGCCAACAGGAGUGCCAGUGCCCAGAUGUAGCCCUUUGUGACCCCAUCAAUGGCACUUGCUACUGCCCAGCUGGACGAAGGGGUCGUCACUGUCUCAGGCCCUGUCCCAAGGGGCGGUAUGGCCUUGGCUGCAAGCAGAAGUGCCAAUGUGGGAAUGGUGCAACGUGUGACCCUGUAACCGGACAGUGCCAGUGUCCCCCGGGUUUCUACGGCCCAACCUGUCAUCUGGCCUGCAUUACUGACAUCCACAGUACACAGUGUAAUCAGACAUGUGACUGUGAGCACGGUGGGGUGUGCAGUGGGUCUGGAGAGUGUCGGUGCCCCGCAGGGUACACAGGGCCCCGCUGUGAGGAUACCUGCCCUGACAACACCUGGGGCCAGGACUGUGCCAAUCAGUGCCUUUGCCACAACGAAUCUAUCUGCCACCCAGCUACGGGGGAGUGCCAGUGUGGUGUGGGGUGGACAGGGAUGCACUGUGACCAGGAGUGCCUACCUGGUUACUAUGGGCCUGACUGUAGACUGCAGUGUGCCUGUCACGACAAUCGGACCUGUGACCGCUUCUCCGGAUGCUGUGUGUGUGGCCCUGGACGAUACGGUCGUUACUGUGAGCUGGAGUGCCCAGCUGGAUUCUAUGGGGUGUACUGCGUCAGCAUGUGUGAGUGCCAACAUGGUGCCACCUGUGACCCCAUGACUGGACAGUGCCAUUGUGCCCUGGGCUUUAUGGGAGACACUUGUGCCCUUACCUGCCCCCCAGGAACUUUUGGUGCCGAAUGUGAAGAGGAGUGCCAAUGUGACCCUUACCCGUGCCGCAAGGAUACCGGGGAGUGCCUCUGUCCCCCAGGCUUCAAGGGCCCAUACUGCAGCAGGCCGUGUGGUGCAGGCAAGUACGGACCUGGAUGCCAACAGGAAUGUGAGUGCUACAAUGGUGCCACCUGUGACCCCGCUACUGGCAGCUGUACCUGUCUCCCGAGCUGGAUUGGUCCCAAAUGCCAGGACAGAGAUGCACCUCCUUACACCACCCACCCUGACCAUCGCGAUCGAGCUGACAUCCCAGUGGAGGACAGCUGAGAUCCUUUCCCUAGAGAGACAACAGUUCAUUCCUUGAGACAGCUGUAAUUCCUCGAGACAGAUAUUCAUCCUCUGAAAGACAGCUGUUCAUCCCUUGAGAGACAGCUGUAAAUCCCAUUGAGAUGGCUGUGCAUCUUUUGAGAGGCAAAUGUUCAUCCCUUGAGAGACAGCUAUCUAUUAAAAGAACAAUGUGCACCUCAGGAACAAGUGAGGCCAAGCGAACAUAUUGAGCGACUGAUUUCUUCCUCGACCAGAGACGAAGGUCCCCUGCUGGAGGAAAGCGGGUGACAAAUGGUUGUCUGACAUAAGAUACCAUAACCAAGUCUUUGAAAGAUCAGCAAAGAACAACCAGAAACAGAGAGGAAGAGCGCCAGGCACUGUUGAUUGCCACGUACUGGUUUUAGUUUUUAUGAUGCGAAUACCAGUGAUUUAUCCGUUAAUUAUUUCUUACAUGAAACUGCUUAUUAGUUGCCUACAAGAGGUGAUUGGAUUAUUUCAGUGUAAAUACUAUGUGAAAAUGCAAGUGAUCACGAGCAGUGACAUUUUAAAGUGAAUAUCUUGUUAAGAUGCAUUUCAGUGGACAGCAUAGACUGUAUUAUUUUUAAGUGAACUCUGAUGAUGAAAUUAUUUAUUAUUAAACUUACUUGAAGCUU